UGGUGCUGGUGUGGUCUCACAUAGUACGUAAAGUCUUGCCAGUCUUACACGCUUUAACACAGCUUGUUAUUAAAGAUUAAAGUUUGUGGAUUUGCUGAACGUUUUUUAUGACGUUUACAGCAGAAGACGUCUGACAUGAUGUGAGGUAUUUACUCGUCGCUGGAGCUUUAAGAGAUUAAGAUGAUCAAGUGGGCCUCUCUUGCUAGGGCUUCGUGAACGGUGAGAAUGGUGAAGUCCGUGGACGAAGAAAGUCCUGGCUGCAGCCAUAGCUCCUCUCCAGGACAUAACGUCCACCUGGAGGAUGAGCCGCAGCGCGCACCGAUGGCCAGUUCUGAUGAGGAAGACCUUGAAAGUCCUUUGGAGGAUGAAAAACCAGAUGAUGAGGGCGUAGAAGGGAAUGUGGCACCGUGCAUACCUUUUAGCAGCCUCUAUGCAGAUCCUGUCAAGGUCAAUAAAGCACCUGCAGAAAAGGUUUAUAUUCCUGGAAAAAGCAUCAGAGUGAAGGUUACACUUUGUGAAAGGAAUGCUACAACCCGAUGGCAAAAUCCAAAUGUCUACACAAUUGAGCUGCAGCAUGGAGAGUUCAGCUGGGUCAUCAAGAAGAGGUACAAGCACUUUUACCACUUGCACCAACAGCUCCGAAUCUUCAGGGCUGGGCUUCAAAUUCCCUUCCCGACUAGGAAGCACAGAAAGAAGAGAGAAAGCUUCAAUGAGGAUCUGGGUCCGCGAGUUGGCAUCUUCAAGUUCAAACGAAUCAGAUCGUUGCCUACACUACCGUCAAUGCCUGACGCUGAGGUGAAACCUGAGCAGAUGGCGGAAAGAAUGAAACAAUUGGAAAAAUACUUGGAGGGUGUGUUGAGAAUAAAGGUUUUCAGAAACCACAAUGAAACGAUGAAUUUUUUGGAAGUAAGCCCACUUUCCUUUGUCGACCAGUUAGGCUCAAAAGGAAAAGAAGGCCACAUUAAAAAGAGGACAGGAAGCGCACAAACCUCAGGCUGUGAUAUUUUAGGCAUUUUCAACCAAAAAUGCUGUAAAAGCUGUGGAAAGUUUUGUAGCAGGAAUUUCGGUCGAUGGGGCAGGCGAUGGUUGUUUGUCAAAGACACCUUUGUUGGCUACGUUGAGUUCAAAACGGGUAUUAUCAAGAGUGUGAUGCUCAUGGACCGAAGGUUUGACGUCACUCAGUCCAGUGUACCUCACUAUAUGAAAAUCAGCAAUAUGAACAGGUCCAUCACUGUUGAUUGUUUGACUGAGCGAAAAUGCAAAGAAUGGGUUGCUUUUCUGAAGAUGAAGGCUGAAUCAAGUGCCACUGAUUUCACCAAACCAAACCGAUUCACCUCGUUUGCCCCAAUCAGGCGAUCCACCGAAGCAGCCUGGUUCGUUGACGGCGCCGGAUACAUGGCUGCUGCUGCAAAAGCCAUCGAGGCAGCUAAAGAAGAGAUCCUUAUUGCUGAUUGGUGGCUGAGCCCCGAAAUUUAUUUAAAAAGGCCAGCUAACGCAGACCACGUUUAUCGGCUGGACAAAAUGCUGGAAAGAAAAGCUGCACAAGGAGUCAAAAUUUUUGUUUUGCUUUUCCAAGAAGUGAAACAAGCUCUUGCCUUAAAUAGUAAAUACACAAAGCAAGUGCUCAUGUCCAAGCAUGAAAAUAUCAAGGUACUUCGCCAUCCAACUCACGCUCGCACUGGAAUUUUUCUGUGGGCCCACCACGAAAAGAUCAUUGUAAUUGAUCAAAACUACGCAUUUCUUGGCGGCUUGGACUUGUGUUACGGCCGCUGGGAUGAUCACAAACACAGACUGACUGAUCUUGGCCAGCCAUCGAGCACAACGGACGGAUUGUCCAAUUCAAACCAGUUCCUUCCUCACGCUCCAAAACUAACGUCUAGCAAUCCCAAAGGCAAUAAAGUCACCUCUGUGUGGCAACUCGCAAGCUCAACAAAUCAGCUCCUCCGAUCCAUGUUUGAUCUCCGCUCUGAAGCCUCUCAAAGUAGCAUCAACAAAAUUGCUGAAGAGAAUGAAAGAAGAGAAGACGAGUCUGCUGCCCACCCCCACAUGUUUGCGAUGGCAAUGCGAAUGAACCGCAUUAAGAGGCGCUUCAGGAGUUUCUACAAUAGCAGCGUCGGCGCAGCAAAGGUUGACAAGAGAGGAACAUUCACAGAUACGAUUGCUUCAAGCGGAGAAGAGUCAUCCGAUGACGAAACCUUCGCUUUUGACGAGACUCUGGACGAUGCUGAGAUUGGCCAGGCGAAACUUUGGUUGGGAAAAGACUACAGCAACUGCAUCGUCAAGGAUUUUGUCGAUCUAGAGUCUCCAUUUGCUGAUUACAUCAGCAGAGAGCAGACGCCAAGAAUGCCUUGGCAUGACAUUGGCGUCUUGGUGCAAGGACUGGCGGCCAGAGACGUUGCCAGACACUUUAUUCAAAGAUGGAAUGCAGUCAAGUUGGAGAAAGUGAAAAAUAAAACGGAGUAUCCUUACCUGGUGCCGAAGUCCAACGAUACGAGUUUAGUUGUCCCACCACUCAAUAAGAAAAUGCCUAAAGUGACUUGCCAGAUUGUCAGAAGUGUGAGUCAGUGGAGCGCCAGUUUUCUGCACGCAGCUGCCAUUGAGCAGAGCAUCCAUGAAGCGUACAUUGACGCCAUCAGAAAUUCAAGCCACUUUAUUUACAUCGAGAAUCAGUUUUUUAUCACACAAGUGAAACCAGAGGUUGGAAAGGUCGAAAACAAGAUCAACCAAGCGCUCUUCGACCGAAUUGUUGCUGCGCAUCAGAAGGGUGAAACAUUUAGAGUGAUAGUUGUAAUGCCGCUCCUGCCAGCCUUUGAAGGCGAAAUGGGAAAAGCGACCGGAGGAGCCUUGCACACCAUCACUUACUACAACUACGCCUCGAUUUGCAGAGGAAGAGGCUCCUUGAUUAAAAACUUGAUUGACUCUGGAAUUGAACAUCCAGAAAACUACGUAUCAUUCUAUGGUCUCAGGACGUACGCGACGCUGAAGGAUGAAUUGGUCAGUGAGCUCAUUUACGUCCACUCUAAACUGCUGAUUGCUGAUGACCGCUUAGUCAUUUGUGGUUCUGCCAACAUCAACGACAGGAGUCUGCUUGGAUCUCGAGACUCAGAAAUCGCUGUUGUGAUUGAGGACGAGGAAAUGAUAGAUUCCUUGAUGAAUGGCUCCCCUUACCUGGCUGGCCGUUACGCAGGCACCAUGCGAAGACGCAUUUUCAGAGAGCACUUGGGCUUGCUGGAGUCGGCCGAGGGUGAUGCCUUGGUUCGGGAUCCAGUGUCCGAUGAGUUUUACCAUGAACGUUGGAGAAAAACCGCUGACACAAACACCGAUGUAUUUCAAAAAGUAUUCAACUGCAUGCCCUCAGAUGAAGUAAGAAAUUUCCAACAGCUGCAGGAAUACCAGUCAAUCACACCACUUUGCCUUCGGGAUAAGAUUGAGGCUCGAAAUUGCUUGAAAGAAGUCAAUGGUCACCUUGUCCACAUGCCUUUGAGCUUUCUUUGCGAAGAGAACCUGGCCCAAGCGAACAGUUUUGUUGAGGGAAUGCUACCAUCAGCUUUGUGGACCUAGUUCUGGCGAGGUUUGCACUACGAUAUACACCACGCACUUUUGCAUUUCAUAUAUGGGAGAAUGUCAAUGCGCAGUACAAAGUCACAUUCGUAAAAAAAGCCUUGCCGCAGAACCACAAUAUUUUGCAUUUUUCAAUUGUGUUGAAGAUAUAUUUACAAACAAAUAUAGCAAUGUUAUUUAUAUGUUAUGUAUUUAUCCAGGAAUUUUUGAACAUAGCAAUAUUUUUAGACAGAAUAUCAGUUGCUUGUUGAACAAUUUUUUGCUAUCAAAACUUGGCGUUGUGAUUUUACAAGUUUGAAUACAUAGUUUUAUCACAUCUUUAUUAUAUUCUAUAUUUGCAUGCAUUUUUAUGUUGGACUGCUUUUAAAAUAAAAAACUCGCAAAUGUU